AUGACAAUAUUUUUCACCUAGAAUAUCUUUAUUUUUGCAUCUUUUUGUUACGGUAGAAUUCAAAUUGAGAAGCUUACACAGCCUAAAUAAGUUCACGAUAUUGAAGCAGCUGAUCUGCAGAUGGAUUCAUACAAACUUUGUUAAGAAUAGCAAUACUUAUCCAAAAGUAUUCCAAAACACCUGAGGAUUUAUUCUGUUAGCAUCCCUGAUACAUUUGAUAAGUCAUCAUAAAUAUUCUCGUUUGUUGAUUAUGAAUUGGUGGCUCUGCUGUAGUAUAACUUUCUUCUAUUUGCUAUCCAGCUUGCAACAAAUCUUGAAGCAAAGCUUGAAAUGAAUGUUUAACUUUUGGCAUUUUGA